AUGGCAUCAAUCGAAGAACAAUACCCGCGACUGGUCCAACGAGAAUGUCGGAAUCCAGCUUGUCCCAACCCCAACACAGAUCCCAUGAAGCUCAAGGACUGCUCUAGAUGCCACCAGGCAUGUUAUUGCUCCAAAGAGUGCCAAGUAGCAAAUUGGAAGGAACACAAAGUAGAAUGCAAAGCAUGCGUCAAUCAGGGAGCCAAAUUGAUGGCCAAACAAGAUCAGGGUCCAGCUGCAGGCAGAUGGGUCAUGGGAAAAGAACGCAAACAAGAUCUUUGGAACGAGUGGAAGGCAAGCAUGCCCCUACAUUUGAUUCCUCCAGAAUGUCGCGGCGACCGUGAGGAAGCCAUGGAAAUUCUGGGUGUGACGCGUGAUCUCAUGACGGGGAUUGCCAGUAGGGGCCUGGGUUCCGUUGAUGGAACGACGAGAAGCAUUGGACGAAGAUAUCAAUUAUAA